AAUCUCGUAACACAGGUGGAGGAUUCAGCCUUCACGUCUCAUCAGUCAAGAAUUCAAAUGAAAUGUCCAAGUACGGAUGCUGCUCGUGCCCCUAUUUGCGGGCCCUGUAUGAGAGACAUACUAUCAAGUCGUCUAAGACCGAAUUUGAAAAAACUGCGAAUACCGGUAAACUUACACAAAAUGUCUCAAAUCCGGCUCCUGCAUCCGCGUCUGAGCCCGCCGGUGAGAUCUACACGGCGCUGUGGCCCUUUCAGGCUCGCGCGGACGAGGAAUUGACCUUCCAGGAGGGAGACCAGUUCCGAAUCUGCGGGCGUGAGGGUGACUGGUGGACUGCUGUUAAACUGGAUAGAAACGGAAUGGAGACAGCCAAGGGCUUCGUUCCUCAAAAUUACCUAGCGAGAAGGGAGACGGUGAAAGAGCAACCGUGGUAUUUUGGGACACUGAACCGCUUUGAGACCCAGAAUUUGCUCUUGGCUCCAGGAAAUGGAGUGGGUGCUUUCCUGUUGCGACAGAGUGAAAAAGAUGACAUAGGGUGUGUAUUAUCAGUGGUGAUCAGUGACAGGGAAGUGAAACAUAUUAAAGUCCAUCAGAAUCAGGAUGGAAGCUUCUAUUUGGAACAGAGUCAAAUGUUUCAGAGCCUGGAGAAGCUGGUGCAGCACUACAAGAGGAACAUCCUGAGCUGUGGUAUCUGUCUCACACGGCCCUGUGCACAGCCAGCACCAAAACCACAGGAUCUUUCCCACCAAACCGUAGAUGAAUGGGAGUUACCCAAGGAAGAGUUCACUCUGGAAGAGGAGCUCGGUAAAGGAUACUUUGCUGAUGUUUACCGUGGAAAAUGGAAAGGCAUGGUCAAUGUGGCCAUCAAGAUCCUCAAAAACAACGAGUCUCUCAAUCACAGGGAGUUCCUGAUGGAGACACAAAUAUUGAAAAAGCUAAGACACAGACAUCUUAUCACACUCUUUGCCGUAUGCACAAGCUCUACCCCCUACUACAUCAUCACCGAGCUUAUGGAAAAUGGCAACCUGCUCAAUUUCCUCCGAGGUGAGGAGGGGCAGAAACUGGAACCGCAGGAACUGAUAGAGAUGGCAAGUCAAGUGGCUGAUGGGAUGGCAUACCUUGAGGAGCAGAACAGCAUCCACAGAGACCUGGCAGCCCGCAAUGUUCUAGUGGGACCCAACUACAUCUGUAAACUAGCUGACUUUGGCCUAGCUCGAAUCGUCAAGGAGCCAAUUUACUCAUCUGAAGAUAAAAAAAUACCAUAUAAGUGGUGCGCUCCUGAAGCCAUCAGCCAUGGAAGGUUCUCCAACAAAUCUGAUGUUUGGUCAUUUGGAGUCCUCCUGUAUGAAAUGUUCACUUAUGGCGGAGUCCCAUAUCCAGCUUUCUCAAAUCAAGAGGUGUACAACAUGAUCACCUCGGGGUACAGAUUGCCUUCACCCCCUAAGUGCCCAUCGCACAUCUAUGACAUAAUGCUGAUGUGUUGGAGAGAAUCAGCUGACGAAAGGCCAGAUUUCAAUGAACUUAAAAUGCUCCUGGAGAUCUCUGGUACUGGAUACAUGGAGUGGAACAGUGGAGCGCUGCAGUGACCCCUCAGAUCCAGCAGAAGGCAUCAGUUAACAGUGCCAUGGAGAGACAAAUGAGUGGGAGUGUCCCAACAACAUGCAUCUAAACGCCUUUCCACUCAUUUUCACCCCUUUUUACAGUAUUUACAUGUACUUAUUUUCUAAUUUCAUGAGGAAUUAUUCAUAUUUAAUGCAAUCAAGUUUUUCCUCUUGGAUCAUACUAGUUGAUACUGAAGAUUAUUUUCCUACUACCUUUUUUCCCAUCCUGAUGUGAAGACCGAUACGUUUCUGAAUGGAUCACUUGGACUUAUACAUAAAACCAGUUUAAUGUUCAUUAUUAACAAGUUUACAUACUACAAAAUGACUUCCCCUCACCAGAUCUGCACUUUGUAUUUUAAAUUAAUGUUAUAUAAUUGAAGAACCCUAACUUGAAACAUUUGAAGGGUUUAUUUUGAAAGUAGUGUUUUUAUAUAACAGUGAAAUCAAGGAUUUCUCAUGAUAUGACCCAUUUAAAUCAUGCUGCUGCUAAUAAGACUUUAAAGGUGUGUGUGAGAGAGAGAGAGUACACAACAUCCGGAACAGAACAAGUCUGGCCAGUUCCUGUGCACUCGGGUCAUUUCACAAUCUCUGAAAACUUUCCACUGCAGUUUUCAGUUGGUACAGUGCUGUCAGUUCACGAGUAGAAGAUAACUGAUCCUCCAAAUGCUUUAAAAAUGUAGAAAUAUACUACACUUGAUACCAG